AGUGACAGCGUGACGAGGUGGUGGGUGCCUCCUGUUGUCUCGUCAUUGUUCCCGCAUUCCUAACACGCUUAUUUCUCACUUGUAACAGAGCCUUCAAGACUUCUGCUAUUUCUUAAGAGUUGGCUCCCUUCUUUCAAAGCCGCAUCUCAUUUCAUCCUUACGUAGGCGCAACUAGAUCUAGUACUUUAGCAAGGAUUUCACCGAACAAGGGAAACCCCGGAGUAAAUAAUGAAGAAACUAUUAAACAUGUGCUAGGAUCAUCUAGUGUGAUAAAAUAUUUCGAAAGUGACUCAGCGUUUUUGGAAUAUAUUUAAAGAUAUGCUCAAAAUCUACAAACCAAUGACGUUCAAAAGUUAAUUGUUACAUUAUAACAUCUAAUGAUAGAAAGCGAUUACAAAGCAUACAGAAGGACUUAGCUGUACAGUGCAUGUGAGAUUAAUAAAAUGGACUGGGCAAACACUAAAUUCAUCAUAUUAUUUAUGGUGACCUUACUAGCUGUGUCACAAGAUACAACGCAAAAUUCUGUAGAGGGUACAACAGAAAUGUCUUAUACUCUAGAGCAAAGCACAACAGAAGCAACACAAUCUUCAGAAGAAACAAGAUCUGAAAUAACUUCUACUGUGGAUCGAAUCACAACAGAGUCAACACCCACAUCUGAAGAGGUUUCAACUGGACUGAAUUCUAAUCAAGAGCAGAGCACAACGGAAUCAACACAAUCUUCUGAAGAGGCUACAACUGAAAUGACUUCUACUAAGGAGCAAAUCACAACGGAAUCAACACAAUCUUAUGAAGAGACUACAACUGAAAUGAGUUCUACUAAUGAGCAAAGCAUAGCGGACUCAACACAAUCUUCUGAAGAGGCUACAACUGAAAUGAGUUCUACUAAGGAGCAAAUCACAUUGGAAUCAACACAAUCUUCUGAAGAGGCUACAACUGAAAUGACUUCUACUAAGGAGCAAAUCACAACGGAAUCAACACAAUCUUCUGAAGAGGCUUCAACUGAAAUGAGUUCUACUAAGGAGCAAAGCACAACGGAAUCAACACAAUCUUCUGAAGAGGCUACAACUGAAAUGAGUUCUACUAAGGAGCAAAUCACAACGGAAUCAACACAAUCUUCUGAAGAGGCUAAAACUGAAAUGAGUUUUACUAAGGAGCAAAGCACAACGGAAUCAACACAAUCUUCUGAAGAGGCUACAACUGAAAUGAGUUAUACAAAGGAGCAAAUCACAACGGAAUCAACACAAUCUUCUAAAGAGGCUACAACUAAAAUGAGUUCUACUAAGGAGCAAAUCACAACGGAAUCAACACAAUCUUCUGAAGAGUUUACAACUGAAAUAAGUUCUACUAAAGAGCAAAUGACAACAGAAUCAACACAAUCUUCUGAAGAGGCUACAACUGAAAUGACUUCUACGAAGGAGCAAAGCACAACGGAAUCAACACAAUCUUCUGAAGAGGCUACAACUGAAAUGACUUCUACUAAGGAGCAAAUCACAACGGAAUCAACACAAUCUUCUGAAGAGGCUACAACUGAAAUGAGUUCUACUAAGGAGCAAAGCACAACGGAAUCAACACAAUCUUCUGAAGAGGCUACAACUGAAAUGAGUUCUACUAAGGAGCAAAUCACAACGGAAUCAACACAAUCUUCUGAAGAGUCUACAACUGAAAUAAGUUCUACUAAAGAGCAAAUGACAACAGAAUCAACACAAUCUUCUGAAGAGGCUACAACUGAAAUGACUUCUACGAAGGAGCAAAGCACAACGGAAUCAACACAAUCUUCUGAAGAGGCUACAACUGAAAUGACUUCUACGAAGGAGCAAAGCACAACGGAAUCAACACAAUCUUCUGAAGAGGCUACAACUGAAAUGACUUCUACGAAGGAGCAAAGCACAACAGAAUCAACACAAUCUUCUGAAGAGGCUACAACUGAAAUGACUUCUACUAAGGAGCAAAUCACAACGGAAUCAACACAAUCUUCUGAAGAGGCUACAACUGAAAUGAGUUCUACUAAGGAGCAAAGCACAACGGAAUCAACACAAUCUUCUGAAGAGGCUACAACUGAAAUGACUUCUACUAAGGAGCAAAUCACAACGGAAUCAACACAAUCUUCUGAAGAGGCUUCAACUGAAAUGAGUUCUACUAAGGAGCAAAGCACAACGGAAUCAACACAAUCUUCUGAAGAGGCUACAACUGAAAUGAGUUCUACUAAGGAGCAAAUCACAACGGAAUCAACACAAUCUUCUGAAGAGGCUAAAACUGAAAUGAGUUUUACUAAGGAGCAAAGCACAACGGAAUCAACACAAUCUUCUGAAGAGGCUACAACUGAAAUGACUUCUACUAAGGAGCAAAUCACAACGGAAUCAACACAAUCUUCUGAAGAGGCUACAACUGAAAUGAGUUCUACUAAGGAGCAAAGCACAACGGAAUCAACACAAUCUUCUGAAGAGGCUACAACUGAAAUGAGUUCUACUAAGGAGCAAAUCACAACGGAAUCAACACAAUCUUCUGAAGAGUCUACAACUGAAAUAAGUUCUACUAAAGAGCAAAUGACAACAGAAUCAACACAAUCUUCUGAAGAGGCUACAACUGAAAUGACUUCUACGAAGGAGCAAAGCACAACGGAAUCAACACAAUCUUCUGAAGAGGCUACAACUGAAAUGACUUCUACGAAGGAGCAAAGCACAACGGAAUCAACACAAUCUUCUGAAGAGGCUACAACUGAAAUGACUUCUACGAAGGAGCAAAGCACAACAGAAUCAACACAAUCUUCUGAAGAGGCUACAACUGAAAUGACUUCUACUAAGGAGCAAAUCACAACGGAAUCAACACAAUCUUCUGAAGAGGCUACAACUGAAAUGAGUUCUACUAAGGAGCAAAGCACAACGGAAUCAACACAAUCUUCUGAAGAGGCUACAACUGAAAUGAGUUCUACUAAGGAGCAAAUCACAACGGAAUCAACACAAUCUUCUGAAGAGGCUACAACUGAAAUGAGUUCUACUAAUGAGCAAAGCAUAGCGGACUCAACACAAUCUUCUGAAGAGGCUACAACUGAAAUGAGUUCUACUAAGGAGCAAAUCACAACGGAAUCAACACAAUCUUCUGAAGAGGCUACAACUGAAAUGAGUUCUACUAAGGAGCAAAUCACAACGGAAUUAACACAAUCUUCUGAAGAGGCUACAACUGAAAUGAGUUCUACUAAGGAGCAAAUCACAACUGAAUCAACACAAUCUUCUGAAGAGUCUACAACUAAUAUGUCUCCAAUUACCGAGCUUAGCUCAGUUGAAGUGAAAUCGACAAAAGAGAAUACAUACAUAUCAAAUGUAUUUACAAGUGAAAGAAUAUUCAAUGAAAACAGCACUACAGACUCAACACACACGUCAGAAGAAAUAACAGCUGAACUAACUUCUACACGGGAGAAAAACACCACAGAAUCUGCGAAUGAAUCAACACAAUCGUCUGCACAAUCUACAAUUGCAUUGACAUUUACAGAAGGAAAAAGUACAACAGAGCAAUCGCAAUCCUAUGAUAAACCUACAACUACAUUUACUUCUACCGAAACCCAAAGUACAUCAGAGGCAGCACAAUUUUCCGAAACACCCACAUCAAUCACAAUGGACCCUUUUAUUUCAUCUUCAACAAUGGAAUCAACCGUUGAUUUGAUAUCAACCAACACAUCUUCAUCAACCAUGACCUCAUUAAGUGCCUCAACUCCAAUAAUAAUAUCCUCAGAAGAACCUUUGACUUCCACACAUUCUUCCACAUCAUAUUUUACGUUUACGGAAACAUCUAGUGACACAUCUAUAACAAAACUGAUAUCGUCUGACACACCUGCAUCCACUGUAAUAACCAGUAGUGAAACAACGUCAUCCACUUUAAUAACCAGUAGUGACACACCUACAUCCACUGUAAUAACAAGCAGUGACACAACGUCAUCCACUUUAAUAACCAGCAGUGACACACCUACAUCCAGUAGUGACACACCUACAUCCACUGUAAUAACAAGCAGUGACACAACGUCAUCCACUUUAAUAACCAGUAGUGACACAUCUGCAUCCACUUUAAUAACCAGUAGUGACACAUCUGCAUCCACUUUAAUAACCAGUAGUGACACACCUACAUCCAGUAGUGACACACCUACAUCCACUGUAAUAACAAGCAGUGACACAACGUCAUCCACUUUAAUAACCAGUAGUGACACAUCUGCAUCCACUUUAAUAACCAGUAGUGACACACCUACAUCCACUUUAAUAACAAGCAGUGACACAACGUCAUCCACUUUAAUAACCAGCAGUGACACAUCUGCAUCCACUUUAAUAACCAGUAGUGACACACCUACAUCCACUGUAAUAACCAGUAGUGACACACCUACAUCCACUGUAAUAACAAGCAGUGACACAACGUCAUCCACUUUAAUAACCAGCAGUGACACAUCUACAUCCACUGUAAUAACAAGCAGUGACACAACGUCAUCCACUUUAAUAACCAGUAGUGACACACCUACAUCCACUGUAAUAACAAGCAGUGACACAACGUCAUCCACUUUAAUAACCAGUAGUGACACAACGUCAUCCACGUUAAUAACCAGUAGUGACACACCUACAUCCACUGUAGUAUCAAUCAGUGACACGACUGCAUCAACAUCAACAUCGCUCUACACGAUAACUACAUCAGCUUCAACUGUAUCAACUUCGACGUCUACAACACUUGCUUCAACCGACUCCACAACUACAACGUUCAAAGUGUCAACAGUAGAGAGCACUUCAUCCUCCGCAUCAUCAACAGGUAACAGCCAAGCACUGACCACCUUAACAUCGACAACAACUCAAGCUCCCUCUACAGCUCUUUACCCAUAUGGAGAUGAAGUCAACGAUACAAGCGUCCCUGUUGGGUUCAGGUCACACAGUGAAACUAUCUACUUUAGCCAUAGAGUACCUUUUGGAUCAAAGUCUGUACAGACUGCUCAAGUUGCUAUGAAUGGUGCCAUUACCUUUGAUGAGCCGGCCAAACUUUUCAACCCUGACUUUGACGCAGCAUCGGCCAAGCAGCAAAAUGUUCUAGCCCCGUUCUGGACCCAAAUGAAUCCAGUAGAUACGAACCAGAAAGUUUUUUACCAUCUGUAUGAAGAUGACAACACCGAUAUAUUAAACAGAGCCACGCAAGAUGUCAGGAACUACUACAGCCCUGCAGCUCAUGAUAAUUUUACUGCAAACUUAGUUUUAAUAGCUACGUGGCUCAAAGUGAAACCUUUUACAGCUGCUUGCUCCUCAGCAUAUUGCUAUAACGAAGAAAACACCUUUCAAGUAAUCUACACUACUGACGGUUUGAAAGCCUACGCUAUAACCAUAUAUCAACAAGGCUCCAUGAAGUGGAGUUUUGUUCGCAAUCGAAAGAUAUUGAUGGGAUAUGUCAAUUCAGACGGAGUGGUAGACCUUGGCUUCACAAACACCGCUGUUACCACAAGAUUGGAUACCUUGAUUGGAGCAGCUGGAAACCCUGGAGUUUUCAUCUUUAAAGUUGGUGAGAGUGAGUCACAAGAUUACAAAUGUCUUCAGUUCUAUAACAGCAACGUAGCUAGAGCCCAGAGCAUCGAGUUUAAAAACGACUUAAAGCAGCUCCCGGCAUGCCCAUGUUCUGAAGAAAGGGUCAGAAAACAAUGGCAGUUUGUAUUCAAAAGGGGAACUAAUGAUAAUAUCUUUUGCUAUGCCAUUAGUUCAAUUCAGAAAAAGCGCAAGUUUGCUGGAAAUUCACUAAAUAAACUGUGUUGCUACAUUCGUUUGAACCCUUUCUUCUAUGGAUUUUACCUGUCUGGGAAUGCUGAAUCUGGGCACAUUUUAACAAGCAACCCUUUCCAGAAUUUUUCUAUGACCAUUGCAGAGGAUGUCUACCCUAAGAGCUUGUGCUGUCAGGGUCUGACCAAAAAGUAUUGUGAUCUAUUCAACCAGGUCAGACCAGAUAUGGGCUGUUCCCUUGCAUCAGGAUUUGUUACAGCAUCAUUCUUUGGGGAUCCUCAUUUAACAGCGUUAGAUGGCCUUCAAUAUACCAUGAAUGGUUGGGGAGAAUAUAUCUUAAUAGACAGUGAAGACUUCAGACUCCAGGGUAGGACUGAUCGAAUAGAAGCGACAAAUGGUACUUUGAUUAAUGCAACAGUUUUUGUUGCCUUUGCUGCCAAGGAAAGGAAUGAUGCUACACUACAAGUUGAACUUUCUGCCAAUAAAACUUCCAUGGUGAUUUUCGCUAAUGGUAUAGACUUAACUAACGAGUUCUAUGCAUCUGAAGGUCUUGUAAAGGACAUGAGCACCUUCAUUGUCAGCAGAGAGACUAUUGCCAACAAGACUAAUAUAGUGGCUAAGUUUACAAGUAUAACGAUCAACAUUUUCAUGGGGAUUAAGUGCCUGGAAGUGAAUAUUGAGGCUGGUGUUGAACUCAAAGGUAACAUAACAGGCUUGCUGGGCAACUUCAAUGGUAAUGUGAGUGAUGAUUUUGUUUUACCUGAUGGCACUGUGCUGGCACCAAAUGAAACAAACACUGAAAGAAAAAUAUUUGAAAACUUCGGUCGAAAGUGGGAAGUCACCAGUAACAACAGUAUCUUUGCCUAUGGGGCGUAUAAAAGUUCUGCAAACUACAGCCAUCAAGAAUUCAUCCCACUAUUCUUGGAUGAAGUCAGUGAAUCAGAACGAAAUGCUUCUAUUGCUAAAUGUGGUGAUAACGUGGCAUGCCAGUAUGAUUAUUUAGCCACGAGGGAUGAAAAGUUUGCUGAAAACACCAAAGAUACAUUUACUUCCUCUCAAUCUGCAAAAAUAUCAGCAGCAAACAACUUGCCAACCUUUAAUAUAACAGAAGGUCUAAAUAUUGAAGGCCAAUGGGAGCUGUCAUCUGGGCACCAGCAAACAUUGACAGUCCAGCUAAAUGAUAGCGAUGGUGAUUAUGUGACAUUAAAGCUGAUAGGUGGACCUUUUAGUGAUGUCCAAAUCUACAACAACAGUGCCUUGACCUACUUACCCAAUGAAAAUGUUCCUAUUACCAUCAAGUUAAUGGCAGAGGACUCAAAGAAUGGCACCUCAUCAGUUAUCACUGUACCUAUUACUUUGUGCCCCAAUUGUAGCGGCAAUGGAAUAUGUGACAAAAAAAACAAACAAACUGACAAGUCCACUUAUAAUUUUGAUGUGUAUGCCUGUCAGUGCUUUCCUGCCUAUACAGGUGCUAAUUGUAGUCAAAACUACAAUGCUUGCAGUGACAACCCUUGUGCUAUUGGUCAGAACUGCACAGAUAUGACCCCAGAACAACAGGGUAACAUGGCUAUAGGCUACACAUGUGGACCAUGUCCUGAUGGAUAUGAGAAGAGAAACAUUAGUAACACCUUAGUUUGCUCUGAUAUCGAUGAGUGCAAUAAAACCAACCUUUGUGAAAAAACCUGUGUCAACACAGAAGGAUCAUAUUAUUGUAGCUGUCCUACAGGAUACAGACUAAAUUCUGAUAAAAAAUCCUGCGAUGAUAUUGAUGAGUGUUCUGAGUUGUCUCAUGAUUGUGAGCAGCUGUGUGUUAACAGCCAAGGCUCAUUUGAAUGCAAAUGUGUGACUGGGUUUACCAUGAUCAAUAGAACAUGUCACUUAGAUGUUACAGAGGCAGAAAUGUGUAGCAAUUCUGGCUGCAGUCAUUUCUGUAAUAUGGUUAUUGGACUAGCCACAUGUUUCUGCAAGUCAGGAUACAGGCUGAAAGAUGACAACAAGACUUGUGAAAAUAUAAAUGAAUGUUUGGACAGCAGAAAACUUUGUAGCCAAAUCUGCACUGAUACAGAAGGCAGCUUUUACUGCUCCUGUUCACCUGGGUACAUACUGGAUUCAGACAAAACUUCCUGCAUAGCUUGUGAUCCCUCAUUUUGGGGUUUGAACUGUACCAAUCAAUGCCAAUGCAAUGGGCAUGGAAUCUGUGAUCCAAUACGAGGCUGUGUUUGCAAUUCACAGUGGCAAGGCCCCAACUGUAAUGUUGAUGUUAAUGAGUGUGCCGUAAAGACAUCGUGCCCUUCUUUGGAAGUGUGUGAGAACAAAGUACCUGGUUACACAUGCCUGUGUCCAUCUGGCUAUGAAAAAGCCAUCAACCAAACUUGUACAGAUAUCAAUGAAUGUUUGAAUGAUUUAACCAAUAUUUGUGAUCGGAAUUUUGAAGAUUGUUAUAACUAUAAUGGUGGCUACACUUGUCAAUGCAAAACUGGCUAUAUCAAAAAUAGCUUUGGAACGUGUCAAGACAUUGAUGAAUGCUCACUUGGGAUGCACAAUUGUCAACACAAGUGUGUCAACACCAAUGGCUCAUUCUUUUGCACCUGUUACAAUGGCUUCAGUGUCUCAGAGAACAGAAUAAACUGUGUUAAAGAUGUUGAUUUAGCUGGGUGCUUUGGACCUGGUAGUAUCAACUGUUCCUAUGAUUGUACACUUGAUUCACUCAAUACACCAAAAUGUUUCUGUAUGCCAGGCUACGAGCUAAGCUCAGACAAUGUCACUUGUACAGAUAUUGAUGAGUGCAAAAGUAACCUUUCAUGUGGCAGUACAGCAUAUUGUGUUAAUGAUAUUCCAUUCUACCACUGCACAUGUCCUAAUGGAACAAGACUUGAUAAUGAUGGACGAUCAUGUGUUGCUUGUCUGCCUGGAACCUGGGGAGAAGGCUGUCAACAAAGUUGUUCCUGUACUCUGGGUGCCAUGUCUUGUGAUCCCAUCACUGGGUGUAGAUGUACAGAAGGUUUUGAGGGACCUACUUGCGCUUUAAAUGUCAACCAGUGUUCAACAUUGAAUUGUUCUCAAUACAAAAACCAAGUGUGUAAUGAAAGAGAUGGACCUGAUUUUUGUGACUGUAAGCCUGGGUUUACCAACACUACUGGACAAUGUGAAGAUAUCAAUGAAUGUGUGCUUAACAAAUGCUCUCAGAACUGUACCAACACUGAGGGCAACUACAGCUGCUCAUGUUUUGAUGGCUUUGAACUUGUAGAUACACUUGGCACUUGUAGAGAUAUUGAUGAAUGUGCUAUGAACAUAUCAAAGUGUAAAGGAUCAUGUCAGAACAAUGAAGGACAUUACAGGUGUUCAUGUAGAGUUGGAUAUAAACUAGCCAGUGAUGGCUACACCUGUUCAGAUGUGGAUGAGUGUGCUGAGAACAGCUCUCUCUGUGAACAUAAUUGUAACAAUACCAUUGGGCAUUAUAACUGCUUCUGCAAAGAUGGUUAUCAGCUUGCCUCUGAUGGCUCCUCUUGUGAAGACGUGGAUGAAUGCACAACAAAGACAAACGAUUGCUCACAGAACUGUACAAACAUACAAGGUAGCUUCAAUUGUUCGUGUUAUUCAGGCUUCUUGUAUAGUGAUGAUACAAAAACAUGUGAAAAAACAAUGACAAAAAGUGAGACAAUCAUCUUUCAGUAUGAUGCAUCCAGUAUAAACUUUAACAACAAAAGCCACGAGAGUUACCUGAAUUUAAAGAAUGCCAUUUCCAAUUUGAUGGAUAAAUCUCUAAGAACCAUAAUUAAAUAUGUAUUCCAAGUUUUAAUUAAUGACAUGAAGAGUGGCAGUCUGAUUGUCAACUUUAGUGUAGUCAUGAAGAAUAUUACCAAAGAAGAAUAUGUCAACUCAAUGUUCAAUGCUUUCAAGUACAUUGCACAAAACUCUACUAUCACAAUUGGCAAUGAAACUUUGUCACUAGCAGUGCUGAAUUACACCAUAGAAAAUAAAUCAUAUUUCUCCAAUGCUACACGAUGCAGUGUUUUUGAGGAUACAGUGCAAUGUACUUGUAUAGAAGUCAGUGGGAUUGCCCAGUGUACAAAAAGUUCAGAAAGCACAGAGAACAUUGAUCUAAUCUUAGGACUAGCUAUUGGCAUCCCUUUAUUUGUGAUCUUCACUGCCUGUAUUGUGAUAGCUCUGUUCAUAUGGAAAAAGAGAAGGGCUCCUUCUUAUGACAAUUCUAUUUAUUCCUUUGAGAAAGAUCAGUUUGGAGGUGUUUUUGCUAGGUCCUUUGCCAAGAAAGGAUCUUGGGGUGAAGGUGACUAUCACCAGCAUGCUUAUGAUGGCCUGUCACAAGUAUCCCACAGUAGCAGUGAAGAUGGGAUGAAGGAGAGAUAUGCAAAACUUUCUAAAGAAGGUGGAGCCUCAGGUACAGAUCAAGGAAAAUUUUCUUGGGAUUUUAUGAACAAAGCUCUAGAGGACAGUGGCAAGGAAUUUAAAAUUCAAAGACCAACUAUCACACCUGGUUAUUCUACCAGACUGUAAUGCAACAUACAUGAAGAUGAUACUUGCACUUCCAAAUGGACAGCAUUCCAGUAAGUGCUAUUGAAUUUUGAGAGAAGUAAAAGUGGCUCCAAGUUCUGUGCUUUGUAACAUUUUGACACUUAGUGAUAGGAUUUAAAGUAUUGUGUGUCCUUCACUUGUAUGUGAAAUGUUAGAUUGGAAGACAUCUGUAAUUUAAUGAUUAUUAAUUUAUGAAACUAACUCCAUUUCUUACUUUUAAAUAAUGAAUAUAUUAAAUUAUUGACAUUUAAAUCACUCUUACCACUAUAAAAUAUGAAACAUACUUUCUAUAUGUUUAUAUUUCAUCAAUCAAUGUUUGGUGUCAGUAAAAAUAAACAAUUUCUAUAGAUGCUGGUGUGCUGAGGAUAUGAUACCUAUUAUUAUGCAAUGGUGCAUUAUGUCUCAUGAGACAAUAAGAGGCAACCUGGUGAAUCACUAGUUUAGUUGCUUUGAAGAAGCCUAUAUAUUUGGAAUUUUCUUACAGGAACUUUUGAUUCCCCAUUUCUUAAGGUCUUUCUCUUGAUUUUGUUAUGUAGUCCAAAAGAAUGCCCCAUUUCUUAAGGCCUUUCUCUUGAUUUUGUUAUGUAGUCCAAAAAAAUGCCCCAUUUCUUAAGGUCUUUCUCUUGAUUUUGUUAUGUAGUCCAAAAGUAUGCCCCAUUUCUUAAGGUCUUUCUCUUGAUUUUGUUAUGUAGUCCAAAAGAAUGCCCCAUUUCUUAAGGUCUUUCUCUUGACUUUGUUAUGUAGUCCAAAAGAAUGCCCCAUUUCUUAAGGUCUUUCUCUUGAUUUUGUUAUGUAGUCCAAAAGAAUGCCCCAUUUCUUAAGGUCUUUCUCUUGACUUUGUUAUGUAGUCCAAAAGAAUGCCUCAUUUCUUAAGGUCUUUCUCUUGAUUUUGUUAUGUAGUCCAAAAGAAUGCCCCAUUUCUUAAUGCCUUUCUCUUGAUUUUGUUAUGUAGUCCAAAAGUAUGCCCCAUUUCUUAAGGUCUUUCUCUUGAUUUUGUUAUGUAGUCCAAAAGUAUGCCCCAUUUCUUAAGGUCUUUCUCUUGAUUUUGUUAUGUAGUCCAAAAGAAUGCCCCAUUUCUUAAGGUCUUUCUCUUGAUUUUGUUAUGUAGUCCAAAAGUAUGCCCCAUUUCUUAAGGUCUUUCUCUUGAUUUUGUUAUGUAGUCCAAAAGAAUGCCCCAUUUCUUAAGGUCUUUCUCUUGAUUUUGUUAUGUAGUCCAAAAGAAUGCCCCAUUUCUUAAGGUCUUUCUCUUGACUUUGUUAUGUAGUCCAAAAGAAUGCCCCAUUUCUUAAGGUCUUUCUCUUGAUUUUGUUAUGUAGUCCAAAAGAAUGCCCCAUUUCUUAAGGUCUUUCUCUUGACUUUGUUAUGUAGUCCAAAAGAAUGCCUCAUUUCUUAAGGUCUUUCUCUUGAUUUUGUUAUGUAGUCCAAAAGAAUGCCCCAUUUCUUAAUGCCUUUCUCUUGAUUUUGUUAUGUAGUCCAAAAGUAUGCCCCAUUUCUUAAGGUCUUUCUCUUGAUUUUGUUAUGUAGUCCAAAAGUAUGCCCCAUUUCUUAAGGUCUUUCUCUUGAUUUUGUUAUGUAGUCCAAAAGAAUGCCCCAUUUCUUAAGGUCUUUCUCUUGAUUUUGUUAUGUAGUCCAAAAGUAUGCCCCAUUUCUUAAGGUCUUUCUCUUGAUUUUGUUAUGUAGUCCAAAAGAAUGCCCCAUUUCUUAAGGUCUUUCUCUUGACUUUGUUAUGUAGUCCAAAAGAAUGCCCCAUUUCUUAAGGUCUUUCUCUUGAUUUUGUUAUGUAGUCCAAAAGAAUGCCCCAUUUCUUAAGGUCUUUCUCUUGACUUUGUUAUGUAGUCCAAAAGAAUGCCUCAUUUCUUAAGGUCUUUCUCUUGAUUUUGUUAUGUAGUCCAAAAGAAUGCCCCAUUUCUUAAGGUCUUUCUCUUGAUUUUGUUAUGUAGUCCAAAAGUAUGCCCCAUUUCUUAAGGCCUUUCUCUUGAUUUUGUUAUUUAGUCCAAAAGAGUGCCCCAUUUCUUAAGGUCUUUCUCUUGAUUUUGUUAUGUAGUCCAAAAGUAUGCCCCAUUUCUUGAGGCCUUUCUCUUGAUUUUGUUAUGUAGUCCAAAAGAAUGCCCCAUUUCUUAAGGUCUUUCUCUUGAUUUUGUUAUGUAGUCCAAAAGUAUGCCCCAUUUCUUAAGGUCUUUCUCUUGACUUUGUUAUGUAGUCCAAAAGAAUGCCUCAUUUCUUAAGGUCUUUCUCUUGAUUUUGUUAUGUAGUCCAAAAGAAUGCCCCAUUUCUUAAGGUCUUUCUCUUGAUUUUGUUAUGUAGUCCAAAAGAGUGCCCCAUUUCUUAAGGUCUUUGUCUUGAUUUUGUUAUGUAGUCCAAAAGAGUGCCCCAUUUCUUAAGGUCUUUCUCUUGAUUUUGUUAUGUAGUCCAAAAGAGUGCCCCAUUUCUUAAGGUCUUUCUCUUGACUUUGUUAUUUAGUCCAAAAGAGUGCCCCAUUUCUUAAGGUCUUUCUCUUGAUUUUGUUAUGUAGUCCAAAAGAAUGCCCCAUUUCUUAAGGUCUUUCUCUUGACUUUGUUAUUUAGUCCAAAAGAAUGCUAUCUAUUAUAGUUGGCUUUAACUCAAUUUUUUAUGUCUGUAGGGCAAUAGAGUGCCCCAGAUGAAUUACCCAACUAAGCUGACCAGCUCCUCCAUCUAACCCAAAGUCCCUAUUUCAAAGGUGCUAAGUAUUUGCUGUCAUUGUUUCACCUGUCAGUAAAACACAUUUGGCUUGACUUUAAUUUCACAAUGUUCUUGUUGUUUUUUUUCAUGGUAACAUUGUUUCUUUAAUGUGAACACAAUUUUUCUUUCAUUCACAGUUAUUGAAAUUUAUUAUAAUUCCAUAUAUUUGUAAAAAUAAUUUACAUAUUUCCUUUCUUUUAUUUUUUAAUCAUUUCAAUUUUUCUUUAACAAGUGGCUCAAUAUCUUUCAUUUAGUGUCAUGUAAAGAUAUAUGUGUAGGUCUGAGUGGUAACAAGACAAUCACUGCUAGCAGAUAAUUCUACUGAAAUCAAGAAUUAUGCUAAACUGACAUGUAAACUUGAGUCUUUAGUUUGAUGAUAAAAUCUUUAAUCUAAAUAAAAUGCUGGCUUUACAGAUUGAAUAUUUAAACAUUGCUUUUGAAAAGAUUCCUAACAUGUUUUCUUUUCAUGUUUUUAUUCUUAAUUAUUUAUUUAUACAGUCACACCUCAUUAUAUUUAACUCAUUAAAACUGAUUUAUUUUAAUACAUUUUAUGUUCCAUACAUUUGAUGUUCCAUAAUAAGUCAACUCUCUCAUUUACAAACUUUUGUCUAUGCAUGUCUUUUAAAUUUGACCCAUUCAUAGUGCCUAAUAUAUUCCUAACAGACCCAUUUAAAAGUUAACACAAAAUGUAAAACUGGUUUAUGUUAGUUUGAACAUAAUUAUUUGGGUAAAAUAAUUGUCUUAGUUGUUUCUUAUGUUUUUGUUACAUGGUUAAUACAACAGAAAUAUGUUAUCAGCUUGUUUGUGAUGAUUCAGUGUCAAACAUUUUGUUACUUUAUGUCCAUUGACUCACUAAUUGAAGGUGCAUGGGUUGUAGUAGGUAGUAAUGCAGGUAGUAUAUUUCUGUCACUAAACUGUAGGAACAUUUGUUGAAAGGACUCUGAUAUCAUAACUUGAAUGACUUGUUUCAAAUUUGUAUGAUUUGUGUCAUUAAUCUUGACUUUUAAUUUGGGUAUAAAAUACAACAUGAAUGUGUGUAUUACAAUACAAUAGUGUUUAAUAUAGAAAACUUUUAUUGUACAUUUCUUUGUAUAGAUUUGUAUAUGUAGAUGAGAUAACAAGAGAACAAUUUAAAUGUUGAAAAUGGACAUAUAUUUACACAUUUUGUUAAUGUGGUUAAUUUUACAUGUUUGUGGACUCAGUGCACAGUAAUAUGGAAUAUCAAUAUUAUUUUGUGGGUAUGUUAAGUUUUGUGUGUAUGCCAAUGUUUAUGUGGAGUCUUACAGUAAUAAAAGUAAACUUUUACUCCUACCAUAUCUACUAAAGCAAAUCCUUUUUUUCCCCUUAAGUCUUAUAAAUGUGAAAAGUUUAUUUGGUUAUUUGUGUUUACUAAAAAGAAGAAUAACUUUGUCAGAACCAUGCUGGUCAUGGACACUCUAUGCUGGUCAUAUAGUGUUUGUCAUUUGUUCAUAGUUAAACUUUUAGACUCUUUGUAUUCUAUAAAGCAUGUUUAUUAAUAGCUUACACUUAUUUAAAUGAGAUAUUGUGAAAGAUAAUUUCAAAGCAUUACCUUGUAUUUUUUAACUUAUAAAUGCUAAUAAAUCAAAGUUAUAAUACAGGACAAAAA